GUGCAUUUGUCAUCUUGACAUGCAUAAACAUUGAAUUUUAAAAGUCGCUUUAAAGUCACGUUUCGGAAAUGGUUCUUUUAGUUUAAGUCAAGAACAAGCGAUGAAAAGUAAACCUAGAAAUACAAUACUGGACCAUCAGUAUAUCUGAAGACCGUUUAUGGAUUUUACCGAAGAAAAAAAUUAUAGCUUAGAAAACACUACAAUACCGACGCUGGAAAAUAUUCUCACUGACCUAAAAGUCAGGUUUGGCGACUGAAAAGAUAUCUUUAAUGGCCCCCAAAAGAAGAUACACUAAAUGCAAGGUGGAAUCUAAGAAACAUUAACCACGAUGCGGCUUAUAGUCCUGUUAACGCUACUGGAAUUAGCGAUGGACGUCUUUGAACGAUGUUAAAAUACUCGACGAAAAAUCUGUGUCGUUAUACGGAAGUAUUUCGACGAGCAUUCUCGAUAUAAAUCUCAGUGGCUGCAUCUGUCAUCAAGCCAUCCGGCAGGCCAUGACAGCUAAGCAGUCGGAUCCAAAUCCUUCUACGAUGGAUCCGUCUUUCUGUUCCCCCCGGAGACGCGCUGCGACUCCGCGACUGGAAUUACGAGAGACCGUGUCGAGGCAGAACUGAAAACGGAUUUUUCGGAUUUGCAAUCGGAAAAUGUUGCUUCUGCUGCUGCUGACAGAUAAAUGGAACUGGAUCUUCUCCCUCUUGCAAUGUCGCGUUUUGGCAGAUUGGUGGUGUGACGGAUUUUAUUCGACGUCUUUCGAUCCCUCCAAGUGCCUGUACAAGAAUGUUACCAUUCCGGAAGUACCCGUGGAUAGCUUGGAAACUGAAGAAGAAUCCGAACAGGAGCUGUCGUCUCAGUUGGAAGAAGUAGACAUCCGUUCAAACGGGUGGUCUGAUUGGUCGGAUUGGUCUCCGUGUUCAAGGUCAUGUGACGGCGGAGUGUCCAGGCAGCUGCGAACGUGCAACACCGGAAAAUGCAGAGGGGAACAUGUCCGGUACCGGAUAUGUAAUAUGCAGCAAAAUGUAUUCAAGUGAUGGGGCUACCCUGUAUCCUACUAGAAGAUAGAAGAUGCAACUCAGCACCUUUACGCAGCGCCUGGCAACAGCGAGA